AUGAACCGUACCUGCACUCGCCUUCUCCUCCAUUACAAGCCUCCUUCUGCGCUUCUGAAAGUCCCCAUCCGUCGUUGCUACCACCCGGAACCACGAUCGUUCCAGAACAGCGCCCACGGCACGCACCGUUUUAUCUAUAGGUGGACUAUUCAGGCGGUUGGCACUCCUUUUGCCAUAGCUUACCUCUGUGGGAAGAUCUCGGGGCGAAGUGAUGGCGAGAGCAGCUUCAAGCUCGAACUCCCCGACAUUGAUUCGGCACUGUUGACCGAGCCAAUUCGGGUGAAGAGCCAGGUCUGGGGACAUAUGCGGGUGAACUGA